GCCUUUUGCAGCCCCCGAGUCCCUGGAGCUGUAGGCUUUGUAGGUCCCUGAACCCUAAUCCUAAUGGCCCCUUCGGGUUGAGGUCCUCAGCAACAUCACUUGAUACGGAGGUCCCCAGCUGCAGCCCACCUGUACUAUUAGAGACCUCUGCUGUUACUCUGAGAGCUAUGAGGCCUGUGUAUAUCUCCAGGGACACUGGGACUGCAAAAGGCAUGCCGGGGCGAGCACGGCACUGCAACAAUUGCUCCCUUCUCAUCUUUCCCAUCUGGGGCUACCACGCUGCUGGGGAACUCCAGUCUAAACCCAUCGUCUUUUGGAUUGAAACCAUUCCCCCUUGUCCUAUCACUACAGGUCUUGCUAAAGAGCCUCUGUCUUUGUUAUAAACCCCCUUUGUAUGUAAAGGCAAGAAAUUGAAAGGACCAUUAAUGUUUCUGCUGAGAUGAUGUUACUUCAAGAGAUCAUACUAUAUUCCCAGUAAUUACUUGUUCUGUUUGUGCUCUAUGAAACAAAUCAUAGACAACUUUGCUGUAUUUAAAGGUAAAAAUUAAACCUAAUUUCUUGCUGUCCAAAGUUUGUUUAUCAUACUCUGGGCAAGCCAGGUUUUACUUAGUAAAGUCUGCUAUUCUUUUGAUCAGUCCUCUUGGCAGUUAAGUGAUUAAUAACCUACAUUUGUUAUCUGUGUUUUGUAGGUAUGUAGUGGGUUGACCUUGGCUGGAUGCCAGGUGCUCACCAAACCACUCUAUCACUUCCCUCUUCAGCAGGGUGGAGUGGGUGGGGGAAGAAAAUAUGAUGAAAAAAGCCCAACACAACCUCAUGGGUUGACAUGAAGGCAGUUUAGUAAAGCAAAAGUGAAGGUCAUAAACAAGCAGAAGAAAAAACCCAAAGAUUUUAUUCUCUUCUUCCUAUCAGCAAGUGACAUCUGGCCACUUCCUGAGAAGCAAGGCUUCAGCACACAUAGUGAUUGCUCUAGAAGGCAAACAUCAUAAAUAACGAAUGCCCCCCUUCCUUCUCCUUUCCCUUAGAUUUUUUUUUUAUCUGAGUGGACAUCAUACGAAAAGGAAUAUCCCUUUGGACCAUUUGUGUUAGCUGUCCUGGGUAUGUUGCCUGGCUAUGAUCAGGCAACAUCUUGCCUGCCUCCAGCCUGCUGGUGAGGGGGGAAUUGGAGAGCACUGAUGCUGUGGGAGCACUGCUCAGCAGUAGCCGAAACCCUGAUGAGAUACUAUCACCUUGCUAGCUACCAGUACAAAACACAGCACUGUGAGGGCUGCUGAGGGGAAAAUGAGCUCCCUCUCAACCAGACUCAAUAUAAAGUGUCAGCUCUUGCUUGUAAUGUUUGUGUCUUUAUUGAACAGGUUCUCCACUUGUGUGUAGAACAACAGCCUCACAAUGUGCGGGAUCUGGGCCCUUUUUGGGAGCGACGAAUGCCUUUCUGUCCAGUGUCUCAGUGCCAUGAAGAUAGCACACAGAGGUCCUGAUGCAUUUCGUUUUGAGAACGUCAAUGGUUUCACCAACUGUUGUUUUGGUUUCCACCGCCUUGCAGUUGUUGAUCAGUUAUAUGGUAUGCAGCCUAUCCGGGUGAAGAAAUUCCCAUAUCUGUGGCUGUGUUACAAUGGAGAAAUCUACAAUUUCAAACAACUGCAGAAGCAGUUUGGAUUUGAAUAUCAAACAUUAGUGGAUGGUGAGGUUAUCCUUCAUCUUUACAACAGAGGAGGAAUAGAACAAACAGCAUCCAUGCUAGAUGGUGUAUUUGCUUUUAUCCUUCUGGACACUGCAAACAGAAAAGUGUUUCUGGCGAGAGAUACCUAUGGAGUCAGACCACUGUUUAAGGUGCUGACUGAUGAUGGAUUUUUGGGUGUCUGUUCUGAGGCAAAAGGACUUAUCAACUUAAAGCAUUCAACAUCCUUAUGUUCUAAAGUGGAACCGUUUCUCCCGGGUCAUUAUGAAGUAUUGGAUUUAAAGCCCUCUGGCAAGGUUGCGUCAGUGGAAUUAGUAAAAUUUCAUAGCUGUAAAGAUGAACCGCUCCAUGUUGCAUGUGAUACAGUGGAAGCUCUGCCUCCAGGCUUUGACCUUGAAACGGUGAAAAGCAACAUCCGUAUUCUAUUUGAAAAUGCUGUUAGAAAACGUUUGAUGGCUCACAGAAGAAUCGGUUGUCUUCUGUCAGGGGGCUUAGAUUCCAGCUUGGUUGCAGCUGUUCUUCUGAAACUGAUGAAAGAAAUCAACAUCAGUUAUCCAUUACAAACCUUUGCAAUUGGAAUGGAAAACAGUCCUGAUUUACUGGCUGCCAAAAAGGUGGCAGCACAUAUAGGCAGUGAACAUCAUGAAGUAAUACUUAAUACUGAAGAGGGAAUUCAGGCAAUAGAAGAGGUCAUCUUCUCAUUGGAAACCUAUGAUAUAACAACAAUAAGAGCUUCAAUUGGUAUGUAUCUUGUCUCCAAAUAUAUUCGGAAGAAAACAGACAGUGUGGUAAUUUUUUCAGGAGAAGGAUCAGAUGAGCUGACACAAGGAUAUAUAUAUUUCCAUAAGGCACCAUCUCCUGAGGAAGCUGCAGAGGAGAGCGAGAGGCUUCUGAAGGAGCUCUACCUGUUUGAUGUACUUCGUGCAGAUAGAACUACUGCAGCACACGGCCUUGAACUGAGAGUCCCAUUUUUGGAUCAUCGGUUUACUUCUUAUUAUUUAUCUCUACCAGCAGAAUUGCGAAUUCCAAAGAAUGGAAUUGAAAAAUACCUUCUAAGAUUAUCCUUUGAAGAUUCCAAUUUACUUCCCAAAGAAAUACUCUGGAGACCCAAAGAAGCUUUCAGUGAUGGUAUAGCAUCAGUGAAGAAAUCCUGGUUUUCUAUUCUUCAGGACUAUAUUGAUCAACAGGUUGAUGACCUUUUGCUGGAAAAGGCAGCGGAGAAAUAUCCUUUCAAUCCUCCUAAAACAAAAGAAAGUUACUACUACCGCCAGAUCUUUGAAAAGCACUACCCAGGGCGAAGCAGUUGGCUGCCCCACUACUGGAUGCCAAGAUGGGUUAAAGCUACUGAUCCUUCUGCACGCACAUUGAAACAUUACAAGUCGGCCACCCAAGAAUAGGCUGUUGAAGUAAUCCCCCAAAUGAAAGUGCUGCAAGCAUUUUGUGUGCACUGUUUUAAGAAAACCAAACAAAUUAUGCAAACCUAAAGCUUAAAUCCUCUUUAAGAUGUAUUUUGACAAUGCUAUUGGAAAUGAGAGCUUUCUGUAGUUAGUGUACUAUUAAAGAUUUACCCUGCUGUACCAAAACUUUGUAAUUCAUGGGAAAAUACUUUAUGGACAGAAAACUACAUUAUUUGACAACUCUGUUCCUUAUGUGACCUCCAUUGUAUUCAGUUGCCGGGCAGUUAUUUAAUAUAUUUUAAUGUGAGCUCUUGUUACAAGGACUUGAAUCAGGCUGAGGGAUGCAAACUGCUGAAGGCCGUCUGAGCAGAGGGGAAUUUGGCCGUAGCUGUUUAGUGACUUGUGUUCCUGGCUGUGGGACUUGGAUAGUCUCUAUAUUAUUCUCUUCUGAAUGUCUUUCUACGCACUCCUGAGAACCGCGAUGUAGUUUCCAAAAAGUAUUUAGAUAUUCAUAGCUAUGCAGAGAUGCUUACUAGAGAUUAUAAUAGGUGUGGUGCUGGGUGUUAAUUAAUUAAAUGAAGGGGAAUCUUAUUUUCUGUGAAGCCACCGGUUGGCUGUUUUGAGUCUUAUAAAUAUAUACCAUGAGUCUAAAGAUAUUGUGACUGUUACUGAAGAGCAAAACAGACAAGGGAAGCCAAGUUAUGUCUUUGUUUCUAACUCAAGGAGUUCAAUUUUUAAAUUUAUUUAUUAUUCUUGAAAAAAAGAAAGGGUGUUAACUGGAUGAUAUGUGUCAGUCUGAUGGAAAUUGCAUGAGUAUUUUAAGAAAUUUUUCACAUACUUUGAGAGUUUUUCCACCUGUGUGAUGAAAAGGUAGACUGUGUUGCUGCUGAACUUUGUGGUGAACCAACCUUGUUAAGCAUAGAUUUUAGUCAGACAAAGCGUCACUAAUGACAACAGGAUCAGAUGCCUUGCUUGGAAGAAUGGGAAAAAAGCGUCUUCACAAACUACAAGAACUUCUAAUACUCUUGAAAAGCGCCUGCACUUUUCUCCAGGACAACUUUUUAAUAACUGCUUAGUCAUGGAGGCUGCUUUUUAAAGGUAACUUAAAGGUGGUGAAGAGAUAGGUAUGCGUGCUACAGAUUGACUUGUUUAGCUUCGUGCUCUUUGUAAAGACAAGUCUGCUUCAUUGUCCCUCUUGACUAGGAAACCAAAGCCAUUUUUUAUUUAAAAGAUAAAAUAUAUGCUGUUCUGAUUUAAAAUCUUCA